UCCAAUACAACUAUUACCCCUACUUGCAGCCUAUGGUUGGGGAGAAUUCUCAAAUUGAAUGUAUUAUCGGGGAAGAAGAGAGGGGAUUGGCUAAGUUAGAUUGCUAAACAAAAAAAAAAACAAAAAAACAUUUUGCUGCUCAUAAAACGCAGCGUUUCUUUUAAAGUAGUGGCAGCGUUCUUUCAAGAAAUAAUAAUAAUCAGACAGGGGCAACGUGUUAAAAGAUAAACUCCAGCAGCACCUCAAAACGACGCGUGGCCUUCUUCUUCCUCGCGCAGAUGCGCCUCGCAGAGCCACAAAGCGGCAGUGAAGCUCGCCGCCGACGCAAAUGCUAAGCGUGCAAACAGCUAAAUAACGGAACUCCUGAGCUCCGACGAGCACCUAGGCAACGCCUUCGGAAACCUAGAUCUGUAGAAUAUCAAUUGAGCUUCAGUAGAAGCCAUCAAUAGUAAUGUUUAGAAGACACAAUGUUGCUGCCAGGAUUUUCGACCGCCAAAUUUCCACUGCUGCUCCUGGCACUAGUGUUCACCAUACUAGGCGAUUUUACGAGAAUUUAGUCCCUAAUUGUACCAUAUAUGAAGUUGAGUGCCCAGAUCAUCUAUACCGUAAAAUCACUGAGGAUGGUCAAUACCUCAUAUGUUUCAGUAGAAAUCAUCAGGAUCUGAUUGUUUAUAGACCAACGUGGCUUUCAUAUUCAUGCAAAGAAGAAUGCAAUACUAAUGAUCUUCCCCCAAAAGCAAAGAGGUUUGAGAGCUUCUUCAGCCAACUGUACUGUGUAUCACUUGCUUCUAGCAAUGAGCUUAUAUGCAAGGACUUUUUUCUUUACAUGGAGAGUAACCAAUUUGGACUAUUUGCUACUUCUACUACACAAAAUCAUGAUGCGCCUGUUGGAGGAGCUGUUCAGGGAGUCCCCUCAAUAGAAAAGAUAACUUUUCACCUCUUGAGAUUGGAAGAUGGAGUUGUUCUGGAUCAGAAGUGCUUUCACAACGAUUUUAUUAACCUGGCCCAUAACAUGGGUGUCUUCUUGUAUGAUGAUUUACUGGCAAUUGUGUCAAUUCGCUAUCAAACAAUACACAUACUGCAAAUCAGGGACUCCGGGAACCUUGUUGACAUACGAGCAAUUGGGACAUUUUGUCGUGAAGAUGAUGAGCUUUUUCUCAAUUCAAGCACUCAGAAUAUGCUUAGUCAUGAAAAAGGUAAACUGCAUCAACUGCCUGAGAAUCCUGUUGAGAAUGGUUUACAUCAGAGUGAGCCUUCAUCAGAGUAUUGCUUUCUUAGUGGAAUCAAACAGCGGUUGCUCUCUUUCAUAUUUAGAGGAAUAUGGAAUGAAGAACCAGAUCAGGCAUUGAGGGUCCAAUCCCUGAAGAAGAAGUUCUAUUUCCAUUUCCAAGACUAUGUUGACUUGGUGAUCUGGAAGGUACAAUUCUUGGACCGGCACCACCUGCUAAUAAAGUUUGGUAGUGUAGAUGGAGGGGUAUCACGUAAUGCUGAUCAGCACCCAGCCUUUUUUGCGGUAUAUAACAUGGAGACAACUGAAAUUGCAGCUUUUUAUCAGAAUACGGCAGAUGAGCUUUAUCUCCUGUUUGAGCAAUUCUGUGACCACUUUCAUGCAACAUCAAGAAAUUCAUUGUAUUUGAAUUUCAUUUCAUCCCACUCAAAUAACAUGCAUGCUCGGGAGCAACUAAGAAGUGCUAAAAAUAAAGCAAGUAGUUCUUUGCAGUUUGUGAAGAAGAUGCUAGUUUCUUUGCCUUUUAGUUGUCAGUCGCAGAGCCCUUCUCCCUACUUUGACCAAUCUCUUUUUCGCUUUGAUGAAAAGUUGAUUUCUGCGACUGAUCGGCAUAGACAGUCAACAGACCAUCCCAUCAAGUUCAUCUUAAGAAGGCCACCAAAUACGCUGAAAUUUAAAAUCAAGACAGGUCCAGAAGCUGGUAGCACAGACAGUCGAACAAAAAAGAUUUCUUCAUUUCUUUUUCAUCCAUUUUUGCCCCUUGCUCUCUCUAUUCAGCAGAAUUUGUCGUUGCAGCCAUCAGUUGUGAAUAUUCACUUCCGGAAAUGAAUAGUAUACUUCUUAGUUGGCUACUGGCUCCUAUAUUUGUAAGUAGCCUUUUUGUGAAAUAGGUAAUCAAAUGGAAAUAACUGUAUAUUUAACAUUUAAGUAUAUAUAGAUGCUAUACAAUGAUAUGUGUAAACAUCAACCUUGAGGUAUUAUUCAUGGAUACUAGUGGUCGGUCAAUUGCUUAAAGCCAACAUUUGUUGGCCUCCCACUUGAAGGACAAGACUGGUGACAAGCCUCCUCGCUGUAGCUGCUCUCUGGUCGCGCUAGCGAUUCUGGUUUGGUCGAGGCAGCCUCUGGGUUUUUCAAAUUCCCCCAUUUUAGUGCAAGGUGAUAUGAAAAUUUCUUCAAGUCAUUAUGAUGAUUAAAUUAAGUUUAAAUAAUAAAACUAAAGAUUCAACAACU